AUGAAAUCUGUUCCAUACGUAUGUUAUGGUAAUUGUUUAUACGUUGAGUCAAAAAUAGCUAAUGUCACAGGUAUUUCAGGAGUUAAUAGUAAAGGUUCAGUAGAAUAUAAAUCCUUCUGUUAUGCAGUCAAUUCAAUGUUCAUUCCAAACGUUCCUGUCAUAGUAACUCAUUUAGGUAAAUGGGUUCGCAUUAGUCCUCAUAAUUUGAAAGACAUGCAAUUCAGACUUGUUGACUUUCAAGGAGAGCCUGUAGAACUGAAGGCACCAGUGCGAAUGACUGUUGAAGUUGACUUUUUAGAAAAUAUUAAAUGCAACAGCUUACAAGAGAACUCAGAGCUAAAAAUAUAA